AGUACAUUUAGACUUCAUGUUGAAUCAGAUCGAUUUAUGAUUCCUAAGAUAUGAUCCCGGUAGCUAAAAGCUUUAAUUAUUGUUUAUCACCACACCUUUUCACUACUAUGGUGGACGCUACUCAUUACAUUGUUUGUAAGUAGUGUGUAGCGGAACGUGAGUCGAAGUUACUACAGUAGUCACGGCGUUGGUGGAACAUUUGAAGAUCAGGCGAGAAUACAUUUCAGAUGGUAGAACACUGAGAGAUGCAAAAAUGGGAAAUUGACGACUGUGUAUAAUAUAUUAUAUUAGUACUUAACAACUUCUCACAAUACAUACAUUCCUCUUACAUAUUAUCGUGCUGUGCUUUACACUACUAUGUCCACUCCACUAAUACCUUCAUCAAAAACUUAGUUUUCUAUUACAGUUUACUCGAAGUUUUGUUUUCAUUAAUCGUUGAUAAAUGUUUUCAUCAUAGUUUUAGUGUUUACAACAAUGAUUUUGAACAUAUUUCACCAAAUUCAGAUAAUUAAUAAUGUCAUUAUUCUUGCCUAGCCCGCAUCAUGCGAAACAUAAGUGAAUUCUCAACGCUUUUUGGGAUGAUUUAUUUUAAUGGAUUUCAUAGUUUACAUCAUGGAUCGACCUUAGUUGAGUAACCAUUGGAGAUCAGGGAGCCUUGAUCAGUUGUUUACUCUUAGUAUGGGACUCCUCAGAAGUACGCCUCCACGAUCUAAGGAGAGGUUGAAUCCAGGAUCCUCAAAUGUCACAGCCAGUGGAUAACCUUCAGAUCACUGAGUAGGCGUUCAAUGCUUGAUAUUUCUAACUUCAAUCAAUUCUUAAUAUUGUACCACCAUCAUUCUAUUUCACUUUCGGUAAUUUCUUCAUACCUUACAUUUUUGAACUCCAUUAGUCACAGCUUCUCACCAAAAAUCCAGCAUUUACGUCUCAAAAUUAGUUAUUAUCGGGCAAAUGAACAAUCUUCAUAAAUUUUCUAUCUCAAUAAUUUUUUAUUAGUCAUUGAAGUUAGAUCGCUGUGUCAUCCUAAAUUAUUUGCAUAUAUUUUUUUGGCACUUUACAACGAUAUUUAUUGGUAUUCUUAAUUUAGCUGACUUCACUAUUUCAAAUAGGUAUUGCAUAAAUUGAACAUGAUCUGCAACCCAGUCUACUAUCGAUUCUUACUUAUUGCUGAAACUGUUAUUGAACUAGUGAUCUCGUUUUGACUUUUCUCCGCACGUGUCAAUAAACUGAUAUAUACUGCAUACUAGAUUGAUUUCGUCAAUCAUUCUAUUCGUGAUUGACUUUGUUUACAAAAAGAAAGAUUAUUUUCAGAAUCUGUUGUUUAACAGUAAAUUUUUCAGAUUGUGAUCGAUCAUUAUCAGGUACAGAUGAUGAUAAACCAACCACUUAUAUGUUGCGAAUAACCCCAAUUGAUUAAAUCAGAAGAAAAUAUUUCCUUUUAUCCCUAAAAAUAAAUGUGUUCAAGUUAUUAUGAAACUAUUUAAUAUCCCCAGUGUUUUCUUCUCUCUUUUUCUCGUUCGUAGAAUGCAUUUGUUCCAAUGUUUAUCAUAAAGUAUCAACGAGAGGAUAACGCGAAAUGGUAUGAGUAUCGAAUGAGAAAUGGAAGCAAGUUACUUCACGCAAAUCGAAAUAGUCAAACUAUUGUAAUUCAAUUAGACCCACCAAUUAUAGCAAAACGAUUACGAAUAUUGCCUUAUACUAUAGAAUCCAAUCCAAAAUUAAUGUGCCUUCGAUUGGCUAUUUAUGGAUCUGUUUUCAAUGAUGGAGUUGUUGAAUAUUCUAUACCCGAAGGUGAUGUCUAUCGACUUGAUCCUCGUGGUGAGUUUGUUUUAAACGAUACCAAUUAUGAUGGUGUAUUAAUCUCUCCUAAAUCGUCUCUAAUGAAUACAAACACUAAGGAUAACAUGGAUAAACAACAACAACGUACCUCCUAUCUUACUGGCGGUCUUGGUUUAUUAAUGGAUAAACAAUAUUUUGAGGGAAAUCUACCUGAAAAAAUAGACAGCAGCAGUAGUAGUCCUGUUGUUGUUGGCUGGUUUCGACGAAAACCUACUACCAAUCCAUAUGGUCGUAUUACUAUGUUGUUUAAAUUUGAUCAAGCUCGUAACUUUUCACAGAUCCGUAUCCAUACUUUGAAUUCAUUAGACUAUAUUGCUCUUUUUCGUCGAAUCUCUGUUCAAUUCAGUAACGGUGGUCGUUAUUUUGAUCGAAUUUAUCCACCGGUUGUUGUAGAUAUACAUCGUGAUAUUUAUAACUCUAAACCUCGUUGGGUCCCUAUUGAUUUAGGAUUUCGUAUAGGUCGUUAUCUACGGAUUACACUAUGGUUUGAUUAUGAUUGGAUUGUUAUUUCAGAAGUUACUUUUGAAUCAUCUUAUUUAUCAGAUGAAGUUGUUUUACAAACAGAACAAUCUGAUGAUCCUAUUCAAAAGACUGCUGAUUUUGAUUCAAGUGAUAUUGACUCAGAAGCGGAAAGGCUAUCGAUUAUGUCGAAACCAUCAUCAUCUGAUCAAGCACAAAGUUUAACCAUGAAGAAUUCACCUUCGGUACAAAAAGAUCUCGACAUUGAGAAGCCAUCAUCAUCAGUAUUAUUAGCACAAGUUACAUUGUCCACUGCUGCGUCAUCAACAACAUCGUCUUCACCACUUGACACACCGAUUAGUGCAACAUUCAAAUUGAGAGGAUCAAAUGUACCAUAUAUCAUUGCAAUUAUAUGUUGUUGUUUAGGCUCAUUUGCAUUUGCAUGCUUUUUUGCAUUUAUGAUAUUUCGGUUGAAACGUUAUCGAAGAAGACGUUUGAAAAAAUUACAGAAACAACAAAAACUCCCACAUACUUUAGACAAACAAUCAUCUAUGCACCAUCAACAUUUACUUCUUACAACAGCGAGACAAAAUCAAAAUUCUUUGUCAUCUACCCUGUCUACUCCUCCUUCUUCUUCUUGUUUAUCAUCAUCUACAUCAGCACCAACUUCUAUCCCUAGCAUCAUUCCUACAUCAUCAUUACAUCAAUAUAACCAGUUAAAAUUGUCUAAUGGGAAUCAUUAUACUACUGAUAUUCAUAGUAAUAACAAUAACGGUAAUAAGAUGGUGCAUCCCAAUGUUGUCAGCCUCUUACAAACUCCAACGAUUAUGGAUAUGCAUAAUAAUUAUAAUCAUUUGGCUGGAGCUUUAUCUCAAGGUUAUUCUGAAAUGUUGACUCAUCAUCAACAAGCUGGAACAAUUUGUGCUCCAUACUCAACUAAUGGAAUUGAUCAAGAUGGUCUGCUAGCUUUUCAGUUAUUACAACACGGUCCAACGGUUGGAUCAAAUUUUUCUGCAUUGAAUAGUUUGACAUUAGCUCGUCGUGGAUUAUCUGACAAUAGUAGUAAUAAUAACAAUAGUCCUGGUGUUUUCGCUGUACAUCCAAUGGUUACACUAGGAACAGAUAAUAAAGUAAUCGGUGUAAAUUUACCACCUACAAGUUGUAAUUUUGCACCUCAACUAAAAGGUAAUCUACUCUGUUCACAAAACAGUAAUAAUAAUGUUAACAAUGGUAUAAUGAAUACUACUUUUGGUGCCCCGCAUUCAUCGUUACUCCCACCUCCUCCACCAGAUCAACCUUUACCGCCUUUGCCGAAUUUAUCAUCGGAUUCGAAUAAUGCAAAUAAUCGUCUAUUGAUUAACACAUCAUUGUCGUCUGUUUUUCCGUAUGCUGCUACCGCAGCCACUGUAUCGUCCUCAUUUGCCUCACAAGCAUAUCCAACUGAAAAUAGUUUUAUACUAUCCAUAGACAGUCCAAUGCCAGAAUAUGCAAGUGCUUCAUUAUUUAGUGGUACGGGAAGUGGAACAAUAAGUUUAGGUCCAAAUGAUCUUAGAAAUUCUGUCAUCUCAAAAACUACUUUUGAUAGUUGUUGUGAUGCAACAAAUAAAUAUAAGCAAUUAAUGGAAACUUAUUGUGUACCACAACAUAUGAACUCAUGUUUUUGGCCAUCAAAUUAUAAUAAUGAUCCAAAUCAGUGUCAGCUAAAUUUUAAUGGUAUUCCUAAAUUAUCUACUCCUAUCACAGGGACAGUACAAAUGGCGGCAGCAACAUCAUCUGAUAGUACUCAUAACAAUACACAAAGUAGUAGUAUAAAUAAUGAAAAUCUCUCAGAGAGUUUAGAUUCCAGUGGUAUGUAUUAUUUAACGCAUAAAAAACAUGGCGACGACGAUAAUAAUAAUAAUGACAACAUUUCUCCAAAUUUAAUUCAUAAAAAUCCUACAGUGUUUUUACCAUUUACUGCUGGUGGUGGUGCUUCACCAGCAACAACAGCAGCAACACUGCAAACACCACUGGGAACACAUUUAAUACCGAUUCGAACAAUCGGCUUACGAUCUGGCAAUGGUGUAGCUAGUGGCGGAAUUAUAUUGGCGAAUAGAGAUAACUCAAUAUCCAACAUUCAUUAUCAGUCUGCUCUGACUACUACUACUACUCCUGCUAGUUCAAAUCACUUUUAUCAUCACCAUGGUGAUGAGAAUAUGAAAGAUUUAAACAAUUUCACAAUGCAACAGACAACCACUAUCACCCCAAAUAGGUAGAAAAAGUUCUUCUUCCUAUAUUUCUUAAAUGAUCAGAAAUUUUUUCUAUUAUUAACCGAUCAUAUGUUGUUAUUACGGUUGGAGUUUCCCCUAAUUUUUAUUUUAAUUAUCGUUUGUUUGAUUCAGCAUAUGAAUGAUGAAAUUUGAAAAGUCAAUAUACAUAUGUACGGUUCAAUAUAUUGUUCUCUUUGUGAAUACAUCCACUUUUUUGAUUGGUUUGACGAAAUUCUAAUUUGUUUUCCCUGUGAUGAUUAUAGUUCUAUUAUCAUUACCGUUACUAUUGUUAUGGAAAUAUUUGACACACACACACAUAGGAGUCACAACACACAAUACAUAUUUGAGUGUAACCUCCUAUUAUUAUUUGUAUAACGAUUACCAGAAAAACUAAACUUUACCGUCGUUUUGUUAUCUUUUUGACUCCAGAAAAUAUGUCUUUUCUAAUUUGUAAACACCCCUUUUUAAUUAUUGAAGUUGUUUUUUUCUUAUCAAAAUUUAUAAACAAUGUGUGUAUGAUACAUAAUGAAAAUAAUCAACAAAUCAAGUCCUGUAGAUUGUGUUUUCUAUUGUUUGUGUAAAUUUUUUUUACGAAGAAAAGUAUAAUUAUUGUUAGACCAUCAUGAUGUGUACGUGUUUACUGAAUGAUCAGUUACUUCAAUGAUCGAUGUAAUUGUGUAAAUCUUGUCAAAAUAUCAACAGCUAUAAUAAUAAUAUCUUCAUAUCACAAGUGCACUCAUGUAUUUAUGAUACCCUCCUCCCAGAAAAAUAGUCAUGUAAUUUAUGUUCAUAUACAAUAACUAUGGUUGAAUAUAUAUAUAUAUAUAUAUAUAUAUAUAUGUUUUGGUCAUGUACAUUUCAUAUCCGAUCACAAUCAUUAUCCUACAUUAUUAUAAUAAUACAAUGUUUGUAUAUGUAUACGUUUAUAUAAUUAGAGUUGUUCUAUUUACGAUUACCGAGUUUCUUUUUUCUUUUUUUGAAAUUUUAAUUAUAAUGUGAACAGACCAAUUAAGUUUCAUAAAACAACGAACUUUUGAGGAUGUUACAUAAUCUUUACUUACUGACUGGAAUUUUUGUUUACAUUUUCUCUUCUGUUUUUUUCUUACACACGGAGGAGGGUAGGUGUAGACUGAAUCGACUAAUGCUAUUAUUAAUUUCCACUGCUUAUAUUGUACUCCUGGGUUUUUUCUUUGUAGAUUCAUUUCUAUUUCAGAUUCAUUUUUUAUGCAUAAAAAACCGAAGAGGUAGGUGAGAUGGACCAAUUUACAGUCAUCUCAUUGUAUACUAAGUUAUUUUUACUCCUUUCUUCCUUGACUAGUCACUUUUUUUCCAGUAUCAUUGUGGGGCGUUAUUUGUCGAACAUUUCUUCAUUAAAAAUAAGCCAAAUAGUUAUCUGAUACAUUUUGUUCAGUUUCGUCCUGUGUAAUUUCUCCUGUUAACUUCGUCUUAUCUGUUUUGUUUUCUGUUUUAUUUCACUGGUUAUUGCUGUCGUCCCAUCCAGUUAUUAUCAUUGUUUUUUUUCUCUGUUACCCGUCUUUUUUAUGUUUUUUCCCUAUAAAAUUUCAAAUAUAUGAAUAAAUAUCUCAUUGAGCGCCUUGAUUUGUUAUAUAAAACAAUUUAUAUAUCUAUAUAUAGACAGACAUGCAUACGUACAUAUGUUCAUAUUUGAUAUUUGUAUGCUUAUUUAUUUAUAUUAUCCUUUCUUUUUUCAAAAGUAAUAAGCAACAAAUAAACACAUUCACUUGUUGACAGAUUUAUUUCCGUUUCGCUUUUCUUCUUACGCCGUCUUCUUUGUUUUAUCAUCUUCUUAGGUUUUUGUGACGUUUAUCACACACCCACACAUAGAACAGUCCACGGGUUUUCUAUUUGUACGCGAGAAUAUGAAGGCUGUUAUUGAUUUAUAUUAUUAUAAUUAUUAUUGUUACUAUCAUUAUUCUGAUUAAUUCAAUCGGGAUCAGUAUUGUAUUAUUCCUUUGUACAUUGUUCAGUAUAAAUAAAUUCUUAUAGU